CGGAAGUAGUGUAGCUCGAGAGAGUCUCUCGGGAGGCUGGAUUAGCCACAAGUUGUGGUGAACCAGGGUAAAUCUUGGUGUGCUCCCUUUACGCUUUCUACGCUCUUUAUCUUUCACGUUCUUAAUUUUUUAUUCCUGCGAUUUCUACGAUCAAACGCUAUUCACCCCCCCUCUAGCGUUGGUCACUUAUUAUAACAAUUGGUAUCAGAUCCUAACUCGCGUCCAAACUUAACCAUUUGAGAGUAAAGCGAUCAUGGGUUUUUCUUCUAGAAAUUUGUAUGCAGGAAUAGGUGAAGGGCAAUCAACCACACGACCACCUCUUUUUGAUGGAACCAAUUAUACAUAUUGGAAGGAACGAAUGAGAAUCUAUAUUCGUUCCAUGAACUUCCAAUUAUGGUUGGUUAUCAAAAACGGGGAAGAGGUGCCAAUGAAGAAAGUCGGAGAUAAGUUGAUCCCCAAGACCGAAGACGAAUUUGAUGCCGAAGACAUCAAGAAAGUAGAAAACUAUGCAAAGGCGAUUAACAUGAUCUACUGCGCGGUCAAUCCCGAUGACUACCGCAAGAUCUCCUGCUGCUCAAUCGCCAAGGAGAUGUGGGAUAAGCUCGAGGUGACGUACGAAGGAACGGACCAAGUACGUGAAGCCAAGAUCGACUUCCUCACCCAAGAGUAUGAGAUGUUCAGGAUGAAGGAGCACGAGAAGAUUGACGAUAUGUUCGACCGUUUCUCCAAGAUAGUCAACGAUCUUCAUGCAUUAAAGAAGACGUACACUGACAGGGAACUUGUGCGAAAGAUCCUACGGAGCUUGACAUCGGAAUGGCGAUCCAAGGCCGAUGCCAUCUAUGAAUCAAUCGGCACAUCAAAUGUCACCAUCGACGGCCUGAGAGGUAAUCUAAAAACCUAUGAAUCGACUAUUCUUAAUCCGUCUUUGAAUGACCAAAGGAAAGGGAUAGCACUAAAAGCCGUCAAAGAAUCAACAAUGGAUGAUUCAAGUGACGAUGAUGAACUCAAGCUUGUCAUGAAGAAGUUCUGCAAACUUCUAAGAAAGAAAGAAAACGUUGAGGAUGGCCCUGUGUGCUAUGGAUGUGGAGAAGCCGGGCACAUCAAGAACAAAUGCCCGAAAAGCGGAAGGAAUGCUCGACACUUCAAAAGGCAAAGGGCGUAUAUCUCUUGGGGUGGAGACUCCGGCGACGAGUCAACCGACCAAGAUGAGGAUGAAGCUGCCAACCUCUGUCUCAUGGCACACGAAGACCAAACCGACGAUGCACAAGAGCUUUCUAGAGCCAAUUUGUGAAGUUUGAGUUGUUCUUGAGCGUAUAUAGUUUACUCAACAUAUACUCUUAAAGAGAGUCUUGUUCUUGAGUGCUCUUAGUGUUGUAAACACGUUUAGGGAAGCUUGUUUCCCUUGGUUGUACGAAUGAAAGGUAUUUUCCUUCGGGUUGUAGUCUUGGACUGCGGUAUCUCCGAGCAAGUGUAUUGAGGCUCGUGGGACUCGAGUUCUCAGAUUGUAACGGUUUGUUAAGCACCCGUAAUCUUAACGGAAGUAGUGUAGCUCGAGAGAGUCUCUCGGGAGGCUGGAUUAGCCACAAGUUGUGGUGAACCAGGGUAAAUCUUGGUGUGCUCCCUUUACGCUUUCUACGCUCUUUAUCUUUCACGUUCUUAAUUUUUUAUUCCU